AUGACAUAUUUGGGAAGGAUCGUGCCUCUGUAUAAUCAGCCAACUUUCAAGAAGGAUUAUAAAAAACAUAAUAUCGACAGGCCUUCUUGCAUAUUCUCCCCUCUCCCGUCUCACCUGUAUGAGCGGAGCUUAAGCAUAAAAGAGCUUGCACAAUUCAACGAGCGAGUUAAGAGGCUAGAUGAAAGAGUCUGGCGUAAUUGCAACAGGCGCAAUGUGUCUGAGUUCAGCUGGGAAGUCCACGCGUGGGAGGACGUGUUCAACCGAAUUCGGGACGAAGACGCAUUUCGAAUGGACAAAAUUGACUACACAGCGCUUGAGAAGGACUACAAAGGUGAAUGGAAAAUAAUCAAGCGAACGCCAGACGCCACUAUCGGCUUCCAGCCCACCCACGGCGGCUUCGAAACCGAAGUCCAGAGCGCAAAGGGAUGGGUUCCCCUCUCGCGGAUCUGCGAGGUGACUCGCGUGCCCUUCGACCGCGACAGCGACGCGAGCGACUUCGUGUUUCCCUUCGCCAUCUACGAGGCCAAGAAGAGCUACGCCUCCGACUUGGAAGCAGAAAGGCAGAUCGCGCAUGCUUGCGACCGCUACCUGGGCCUGCUGGACGCCGUGGUCCGCGAUCCUAGGGAUCCUACCAGGUACCAGUGGCGAAGCAGUCGUGAAUACCAGAUGUUUGCUUUUACCUCCUGUGCUUCGGAUUGGAAGGUAUACGUGGCUCGGCGGUACGGAGAGUACCACAACGUAGAGCUGAUCUGGGCAGGCGACGUGAGGUUCCCAGUAAACGCAGCCAGCCUGCUAGGUAUCGUGGAUCAAGUCCAAAAGUGGGCAGCCAACGUCUUUCGACCCUUUGUCAUCAAGCAUCUCGACAUACGGGCGAAGCUCUCCAUGGACGGCACGCUGAGAUGGAAUAGGCAAGGCUUUCUUGGCCCCGAAAGCGCAACACCACUGUGCGUUAUGCGAACAUAUCGUUCUCGGAAUGUUUAUAAGUGUACGACGCGGCUCAAAUUCGUACAGACGGACGGCGAACCAGUUCCUCCGGAAGUAUUACAACAGGUUUCCAGUUUAUACUACGGCGACGUAAUAGUUAGAGAAUUUGUUCACAUAGACUAG